GGGAGCACCGGGAAGGAGCCGGGAAGGAGCCGGGAGGCACCGGGAACACCGGGAGGGAGCCGGGAGCGCUCCCCGGAUUAUGUCCCGUAUCGAGUCCCUGUCGCGAGUCAGGGGCGAUCGCGCCAAGGGCAAGGACAAGGACAGGAUGAAGGAGGGCAAGGACAAGGAUGCCCGGUACACCAACGGGCACCUCUUCACCACCAUCUCCGUGUCGGGCAUGACCAUGUGCUUCGCCUGCAACAAGAGCAUCACGGCCAAGGAGGCCCUCGUGUGUCCCACCUGCAACGUCACCAUCCACAACCGCUGCAAGGACACGCUGCCCAACUGCACCAAGGUGAAGCAGAAGCAGCAGAAGGCGGCGCUACUGAAGAACAGCUCAGCCCUGCAGUCGGUGGCGCUGCGCAACAAGAAUGCCAUCCGGGAGCGCCCCAAUUCCGCCAUCUACCCCUCGGAGAGUUUCCGGCAGACGCUGCUGGGCUCCCGCCGGGGCCGCCCCUCCCUGUCCCUCUCCAAGAGCGUCUCCACCACCAACAUCUCAGGGACGUUCAACGAUGAGUCCCCCCUGGGCAUCCGGCGCAUCCUGUCCCAGUCCACCGAUUCCCUCAACAUGCGCAACCGGACGCUCUCCGUGGAGUCGCUCAUCGACGAAGGCCCCGACGUGAUCCUGAACCAGCUGCUGAGCGACCUGGAGGCCGACGGGCGGGAGUUCGAGGCGGAUUCCUGGAGCCUGGCCGUGGAUAACACGUUCCUGCAGCAGCUCCGCAUGGACGUCAUGAAGAGGCAGGACGUCAUCUACGAGCUGAUGCAGACGGAGCUGCACCACGUGCGGACGCUGAAGAUCAUGGGCGGGCUGUUCCGCAGGGCGAUGCUGGAGGAGCUGCAGCUCGACCCGGGCACCGUCCAGCGCAUCUUCCCCUGCCUGGACGAGCUCAGCCUCCUCCACCAGCGCUUCCUGGCACAGCUCCUGGAGCGGCGCCGAGAGUCGCUGGCCCAGGACAGCAACAAGAACUUCGUCAUCGACCGCCUCGGGGACAUCCUCGUCAACCAGUUCUCGGGCCCCAGCGCGGAGCAGCUGCGAAAGGCGUACGCCGAGUUCUGCAGCAAACACAGCCGGGCCCUCAAGGAGUACAAGGACCUGCUGGCCCGAGACAAGAGAUUCCAGCAGUUCAUCAGGAGGGUGACCCGGUCCCCCCUCCUGCGGCGCCACGGGGUCCCCGAGUGCAUCCUGCUGGUGACCCAGCGCAUCACCAAGUACCCCGUGCUCAUCGAGCGCAUCCUCAAGAAUUCCAAAGACAACGAGGGGGACUGCGAGGACCUGUCGCGGGCGCUGCGGCUGGUGAAGGAGCUGCUGUCGGGGGUGGACGAGGAGGUUCACGCCUGGGAGCUGCGUGGGCGCCUGUGGGACGUUUACCGGCGCGUGGACCCCCGGGCCAAGGUGCCCCUGCCCUGGGAGAGCCGCCCCGGCGCCUUCGGCAGGGAUGAGCUGCUGCGCAGGAAGCUCGUCCACAGCGGGGGGAUGCUCUGGAAAACCGCGGCAGGGCGCUUCAAAGACAUCCUGGUGCUGCUGAUGACGGACGUGCUCGUGUUCCUGCAAGAGAAGGACCAGAAAUACACCUUCCCCAUGCUGGACAAGCCGGCCGUGAUCUCCCUGCAAAACCUGAUCGUGCGGGACAUCGCCAACCAGGAGAAGGGGAUGUUCCUGCUGAGCGCCGCCCCCCCCGAGAUGUACGAGGUGCAUGCGGCCUCCCGCGACGACAGGAACCACUGGAUGAAGGUCAUCCAGCAGGCUGUGAGCCUCUGUCCCAGCCGCCAGGAUUUCCCCCUGAUCGAGACGGAGGCCGAGGCGUCCCUGCGGAAGCUGAAAGAGCGCCGGGAGCAGCUGGACCGUCAGACGGCGGCGCUGCAGGAGGAGAAGGUCGGGAUCUUCGCGGACAUGCUGGCCCUGGGGAGCGGCUGCACAGACCCCCCCACGGCCCCUCGCGGGACCCCCUUUCUGGGAGACCCCACCUGGGGACCCCGCGGGGACGCCCUGCUGCAGGACGCCAUCCGGGAAGUGGAGAGCCUGAAGGAGAUUUUCAUGGGAUGUGCCCGGGAUCGGGAUCCGAACCAGAACAACCCGCCCGAGGUCGAGAGCUGCCCCAGCCCCGGCGCCAGCAACGGUGACUCCGGCAGCUUCAACGGCUCCCUGGAAUUCCGGGCGGAUCAGGACGCUGGGCAGCGGGACGGGAACGGGAACCAGGUCCCACCGAGGGGACCCCAGGAGGAGAUCAACCAGCACUUGGUGAACCUGUACCGGCUCCUGCUGCGGCUCCAGGUGGUGCAGAGCCAGCAGGACCUGCAGCUGGAGCUGCAGCUCUCGGAGCGGCCGGAGCGGCCGGAGCCGCUGCCCCGCCGGGGGUCCCAGCCGGCCGUGCCCGUCAGCGCCGCACCCGAGGGGGGCACCGGGGGGGCUGAGCUGGCGCUGCUGCAGCGGCAGCACGGGCUGGUGCAGGAGGAGCUGGGCCGGUGCCGGGCGCUGUGCCAGGAGCGGGCGCAGGAGGCGGCGGCGCUGGAGGGGCGGCUGCGGGACAGCGAGCGGGAGCGCGCGCGGCUCGAGCGGGAGCUGCAGGAGGCGCGGGGGGCGCCGGGGGGGCCCCGGGCACGCAGGGCGGCCGAGCCCCGGCGCAGGAGCCUCCCCGCCGGGGACGCGCUGUACCUCAGCUUCACCCCCCCACAGCCCCCCAUCAGCGUCUCCUUACACCCCCCCGCCUUCCCCGGCCCCCGGAACGAGCUGGAAUUCCGGGGGGGUGAUCCCGACCGGCUGCGGGAGGGCGAGGACACCCUGGACACGCUCCUGGAGGACGAGGGGGGCCUGGGGACCCGCCACUCCCCCCCCGCCAGCCCCCGAGAUUUCCUGAGGAUGCAGGAUAUUCCCGAGGAGGUGGAGAACAGCCAGGAGCUGAAGGAGGGCGAUGGGGACAGUUAGGGACCCCCACAGCCCCCCCAGCACCUCCUGACCCUCCUCCUCCCCCCAGGACACACCAGUGCCUGGAUCCGGGUGGGGGGUGUUGGGAAAACGGGAUGGGGAUGCUGCUAUUCCCACGGGAGCCUUAUGGGAAUGGGGGGGGUCCGGUUGCCCCCUCCCCUACUCCAGCCCGAGCGGGGUGGGGGGGAUGUGGGUGCCCCCCCCCUCUUCCCGCAGGGAUUUAUUUAUUUAUUUGGAUGUUUCGGGGUGUGGGAGGCGGCCCCGGUGGGGGGGGAC